AUGUCUCUUUUCUCUUCCGUAUUUUUUAGAUUCCUUGGUGACUUCCUAGCCACGUCAAGCAGACUUGCACUAACCAGAAAAAUUCAAAAUACUAAUAGUCUUAGUGGAAUCUCCCUCAAGACACAAAUACUCUAUCUCUUUGUCUACGUUUUUAGAUACCUCGAUCUUCUCUCUCCGCAUGGAACAUGGAAGAAACUUACCGUAUACAACUCCUUUAUGAAGGUAGUUUAUAUUUCUUUUCAAGCGUACCUUAUCUCCCUGUUCUACGGUAGACUUAAGUUUUCCUACUCUAAGAAGUACGACACUUUCAAUAUCCCAAUAUUCCUUGUUGUUUCUAUGCUUCUCUCCCUCUUUUUCAAGGAUGAGACAGAUAGCAUAUUUUUUGACUUCUUUGGAUACAUUAAGGAAUACCUUUAUACCUGUUCCUUAAUCUUAGAAUCACUGGCAAUUCUCCCCCAACUAGUGGUGACCCAGGACUCAGGUGAGUGUGAAAAGCUCACUGCAGUAUAUAUAACUCUUCUCGGAUUGUACAGGCUUAGCUACCUGGUUUAUUUUGUGUUUGGAAUGCUUAGUACGAGGAAGGUUGAUACGCUCUUGGUCGUUACUUCAUUAAUCCAGUCUGUUCUUUACAUAGACUUUUUCAGAGUGUACUUUGGAUUUUUAAAGAAUAGCCCUGGGUAUCGUCUUGAACAAUAA